AGCCGUCAUGUUGUUAUUUUGGGGCUUUUGCUGGUUUGGGGGAUAGAGUGGUGGGUUAGUUGAACCCUGGGGUCCUGUACCAACUUAAAUCCGCCGAAUGAUGAAGGGAAAGACGGUUAUUGUGACCGGUGCUAACAGCGGGAUAGGAAAGGCCACAGCAGCCGGCAUUGUGAAACUUCAGGGUCGUGUAAUAAUGGCCUGCCGAGACUUGGACAAGGCUGAGGAGGCAGCUCGGGACAUCCAGCAAGGCACCGGUGCAGAAAGUACACAGCUGGUGGUCAAACGGCUCGACCUGGCUUCACUGACAUCUGUACGCGCAUUCUGUGAAGACGUAAUAAAGGAGGAGCCUCGGCUAGAUGUGCUGAUCAACAAUGCCGGUAUCUACCAGUGUCCUUACACCAGAACAGAGGAUGGCUUUGAGAUGCAGUUUGGAGUCAACCAUCUGGGACAUUUCCUGCUCACCCAUUUGUUGCUGGAUCUUCUGAAACGAUCAGCUCCUAGCCGCAUAGUGGUGGUCUCUUCCAAGCUCUAUAAACACGGUUACAUAAAUUUCGAAGACCUAAGCAGCGAGAAGUCGUAUGACAAAGCCUUUGCCUACAGUCGCAGCAAACUAGCCAACCUUUUGUUCACCUGUGAGCUUGCCCGUCGCCUGGAGGGCAGCGGAGUGACAGUGAACGCUGUAACUCCGGGCAUAGUGAGGACUAAUCUGGGGAGGCACGUUCACAUCCCUGUGUUAGUUAGGCCGCUUUUUGACCUGCUGUCCCGAAGCUUGUUUAGGAGCCCCGAAGAAGGAGCUCAGACAUCCGUCUAUGUAGCUUCUAGCCCGGAUGUUGACAGUGUGCAAGGAAAGUGCUUUGCAGAUUGUCAGCCUCAGGUUCUUUUGGACAAAGCCACGGAUCAGGAACUGGCCGCUAAAUUGUGGGACAUUAGUGAAGUCAUGGUGGGGAUAAUCACAUGAGAUCAGUGUGAAUUUUGAGACUUAAAAAUCAAUUAUUUAUUAACCAAAGUCUUUCUAGAGAGCACAAAGUUAAACAGGGCAGAGCAAAUCCACAGCCAUGUUUUCCAGAAUUAAGACUUUUGUUUGUCCUAAGUGAUCGGGUCCUGUCAUAUCUUCAAAGUCUCAGAGUACCAUGCUUUCCCAGUAGAGCAUGUUGCUCUCAAACUGCAGGCUUUACUUGUGUUUCUUAGAAAAGUCCAAAGUAGAACGGGUGCAGAGCGUUCCUGUCUGUGGAACCUGCUCCCAGUCUCGGAGCGGUUAAAUUCAAAUGUUCCUUUUAGAUAAUGCUUGUAAUGAGGGCUGCGGCAGAACCAUCCCUCAGUUUUGCUGAAAGUGAAACUGUGGGUUCAGGAUUCUUUGGAACUUCCCAUGAACUGAACAUUUCUCAUUUAUGCCCCUUGUUUUGCUCCUAAUGCAUGUAAAUGAAUGUGGAAGACGUGCAGUAAACUCUAUACUGUAUGUCAUUAACCUGUUCAGGGAUGUAUAGUCACAUGUCAUAAUGUGAUGCCGUUGGCUUCUCUCAUAAAAUUGAAGUGAAUCAAUAUUGUUUCCUCUUGAAAGUCAUACUCUGGCACAUGAAGUGGAUUAUUACAGUAAGUUUUUUAUUUAAGUAGGAAGUGAAAGUCUUGGGCUGUUUUGCGACAGUCGGCCCUGCUGUAGCGUGUUUUUGAUGGCAGGAGAAAUGGGAUUGCCUGGAGAAAACCUGGGAAAGCACGAGGAGAACAUCUAAACCAGCGGUCCCCAACCUUUUUUGCGCCACGGACCGGUUUAUGCCCGACAAUAUUUUCAUGGACCUUUAAGGUGUCGUGAAUAAACACAACAAAAUAAAACUAGUGCCGGUACCGAAAAA